AUGGGCAAGGACAAGCAGCCCCGCGGCCAGCACAGGCAGGGGGGGCCAGCCGCGGACGCCGCCGGGCCCGACGACAUGGGGCCGAAGACGGGCAAAGGGGCCCCCAAGCAGUGCGGGGAGGAGGAGGCCCGGACGUGCUGCGGCUGCCGGUUCCCGCUGCUGCUCGCGCUGCUGCAGCUGGCCCUGGGCAUCGCCGUGACCGUGGUGGGCUUCCUCAUGGCGAGCAUCAGCUCCUCCCUGCUAGUCAGAGACACUCCAUUUUGGGCUGGGAUCAUUGUCUGCUUAGUGGCCUAUCUUGGUUUGUUUAUGCUUUGUGUUUCAUAUCAAGUUGACGAAAGGACAUGGAUCCAGUUUGCUAUGAAACUGUUGUACUUUCUGCUGAGUGCCGUGGGCCUAACAGUCUGCGUGCUGGCCGUGGCCUUUGCUGCCCACCACUACUCGCAGCUCGCCUGGUUUUCCUGCGGAACGGCUCUCGACGCCUGCCACUGCAAGGUGCCCUCCGAGGAGCCCCUCAGCAGGACCUUUGUGUACAGGGAUGUGACGGACUGCACCAGCAUCACGGGCACUUUCAAACUGUUCUUGCUCAUCCAGAUGAUUCUUAACUUGCUCUGUGGCCUUGUGUGCUUGCUGGCCUGCUUUGUGAUGUGGAAACACAGGUACCAGGUUUUUUACGUGGGGGUCAGAAUGUGCUCCCUCAGGGCUUCUGAAGGUCAGCAGCAAAAGGUCUAACGUUCUUGCUCACGGGUGGGAGACGAAGCAGCCCACUGCUGAGCUGAGGUCAAAAAAGAGAAAGGGAAGGAAGAAAGAAAGAGGAG